AUGAUCCACAUUAGACCAUCUCAUAACUUACAAGAUAUUCAAUCUAGAUAUGGAUCCAAAACACCUUUACCAAACAAGAUCACAAAUCCAACUACACAAAAAAAAUUAAUUUCAAAAACUACUAAUUCAAAUCGAAUUAAGAUUUAUUCGGAUGAAAACCCAAAGAAUGAAUUAGAACCUCAAAGACUCUUUAAAGACGCAAUCAAAACGCCUGUUGCCUCUCGAGCGAUAUCACAUAAUUUAUUAGCAGACAAAACAAACACAGUCAAGAAAGUAAGAGUACCACAUCCAACAGAUCUUUCCAAACGUUCACCAUCAUCAAAACCCAUCCAAACGUCCAUCACCAAACCAAUCGCAACCCAACUACAAAACUCAACACCACAUCCUAAAUCAAGAGUAUCAAAUUCAAAUAAAUCACCACAAGCUUCACCCAAAUUACUUUAUCGUACACCUGUGACUUCUAAAAGACCAAGUCGACCUCCCGUUUUGAUUGAUGAAACUUCACCUGAAUUCGAUUUUGAUGAUCAUGAAGAAGAGAAUUCAUUUGAUGCAUCUGAAUUUCAAAUCGAUCCUGAAAACUUACCUGAAAUCGAAUACGGACCUCCAACAUCUUCUUGGAAGGAUGGAGAAAGUGUAGACGUUCAUGAUUGGUCUGAUUUGACUAAUGCAUUGAAAGGACCUAAUACAUUCAAUCUUGGAAGUUUCAUGCCUACUGACGAUAUCGACUCAACUCAUGAAAUAUUAUUAGAGGAUGGAGAUAAAUCCCUAUGGUUACCUGAACCUUCUUACCCAUUACCUACCUACAAAUUGGAUCUGGAAGAUUCUUUUGAAGGAUUACUUUCAGCUUCAAAACGUAAACGAGGUCAAUCAACAAAAUCAAUCACUUCAUUAAACUAUUCAAGUCUAAGUUUAUCAAAGCAAGUUCCAUCAAAACUAUAUAGAUCAACAAGACUAGUAACCCAAAAACAAAGAGCGCCAAUCCCAUCAAGUUUAAAACCUAAACUUAUUAAAGAACCGAUCAAGCAACCAGAUAUUUCAGUUCCUGAAUGGGUCAAAGAAUUUAAUUCGAUGUCUAAACAGUUUAAAGAAAUUGAAGUUCAGGCACUCGAUCCGAUUGGUCAUGAUCAAGAAAUUAUGGGAUUUGUUAAUGAGUUUUUAUUUGAGAUUUGA